AGACAGAGAGAGACAGGGAGAGAGAAAGAGGGAGGAGAGAGAGGGAGAGAGAAAGAAAGGAGAGAGACAGAAAGAGAGGCAGAGAGACAGAACGAGAGAUAGAGACAGAGAGAGAGCAGCAGAGAGUGAAUAACAUCAACAAAUGGAUAUUAUAAACAUGGAUCACAGUUCCCGGGGUGGGAAGAAGAUGUUUGAAGAGAUAAAACGCUCCGGUCCCAAGCUGGUCCCCUUUGCCAUCAGCUUGUGCCUGUAUUUCGGGCUGUGGCUGCCAACCUCCAGCCCGUCCUGGUUCAGCGCGCUGCUCAAGUGCCUCCCGGCCCUCUGCCUCGCCGUCUUCGUGCUGGCGCGGGGCUUCAGCGCCGGGCGGAGCCGCCCCUACUCACGGAACAUCCUCGUCGGCCUGCUCAUCUCCUUCGUGGGCGACAUCUUCCUCAACUGGGCCGACCAGGGCUUCUUCGACCACGGAGUGGUGACGUUCGGCCUGGUCCACCUAUGCUACACGUUGGCGAUGGGCAUUCGGCCGUUGAUGCCAGGGUUGGCGUUGCUUAUGUUCCUGGCGUCGGGGGGCUUGCUGGCGCUGUUGUGGCCGUGCCUGCCCUCGACCGCCACCAUCCCCCUGGCCGUGUACAGCGCGGCGCUGGCCCUGAUGAGUUGGCGGGCGGUGGCGCGCUGGUGGAGGCCCCCACAGGGUGGGGCGCGGGGGUCGGCGAGCGCCGCGAUGGGCGCCGUCCUCUUCAUCGUGUCCGACUUCGCGCUGGCUCUGGAUCGCUUCUGCUCACCGCUGCCCCACGGGCGUCUCGCCGUCAUGGCCACCUACUACCUGGCACAGAUGCUCAUCGCCAUCUCCGUACUGGACCAGGCCGAUCCCGACAGCCUGUGGAAACGAAACUAAACCUUCACCAGCUUCGUCACGUCCGAGUUUAGUUCCGUUUAUUGUCACGUGUACCAACCUGGAUUCAAUGGACAAUAGGUGCAGGAGUAGGCCAUUCGGCCCUUCGAGCCAGCACCGCCAUUCAAUGUGAUCAUAGCUGAUCAUCCCCAAUCA